AUAAUAUAAUGCUAAUAUGUUUUAAUGCACCAAAUAUAGCAGAAUAGUUGUCAAAAGGUAUUGACACCGUAGUUGAUAUAAUAACAAUAAAAUUAUUCGUUAUAAUUUUGUAAAAUUGAUUUUUCAGGUAUGCAAAAGCUAUCAGUUAUAAACGUCGUAUGCGCAUCGCAAUUACCAAUGAAAAAGUGAAAGUAAACGAUUAUAAUAUUGUUUGCAUCCAAUAAGUGUCUCGCAAACGGAUGUUUUCUCUGCAUAUAUUACAUGAUAGAAGAGAUGUAACACAUCAAUCAAAAAAUGGUGUCCAAAGCUACUCUUCUGUCCAGAUUCGUUUCGCGCAAGACGGUUGCAUUGAUUAUUCGUUUCUGCAUUUUUUCUUUGCUUUGGUAAACAUCAAUAGUUAUGGCUAUCUCUCUACUGGACUUUCUCUGGCUACCGUGCCUGAAUAUAUACGUCUGCUUUCAUUGGUCUUUGCGUUAAUCAUGAGUAACUGUCGAAAAAAAGUCGUGAACGAACUUUCAACGAAACAAGAAGGAAAAAACGAAAGAUGAAAGUAGCAAAUUGUUCAAAGAUAUCAAUUUUUAUCAAUUUGUGUUAGGAAAGGAAUGAAAAGAGCCAAGAUUACUUGGUUUCUUAAAGAUUCGUUUUACUCCAAUUUAUCUUCGAUUCAUCGAAGAUAGUUUAAUAGUUUGCACAGAUAUAGAGGUGUAUGUCAAACAUCAAACAGAAAUCUUGAAGAUGUAACGGAAGUGGUAAGAGGGAAAGACAACUUUGCGCCGAUUGCAUUAAUCGAUCUUAGUUAGCGAUUGUUCGCGAAAGCGAGUCGCAAUCCUUUCUAUCGUGAGAAGGAGCGGUCAACAAUCCAUUUUCGGUUUCGGUACGAUGAUAUAAUAUUUAGUAAUGUGUUGUUUGUAUGUGAUUGUGCGGAUGCUUUCGAUAAUAGUGAAACUCCUCUAUUGCGACAGCACGAGAAAAUUUUGCGGCCUUUGUUAGGCAACGAUACAUGGCAUACACGCUGUCCAUAAGGUGCUAGGACGCAUUAAGAAUUAAAUAGUGGUUCGUUGCACAUCUAAUGUUUUUACCCGACAGGAAAGUAAGAAAGUAAAAUAUUUCCAAAAUAUUCUACAACUAUUUAUCAAAAUUUUACAAAAAACUUUUAUAAAAAACGAUAGUUUGCAAUUUAAUUAAAGAAGACAGUUUGCAAUACGAUGUUCUAUUCUGAAUAUUGGAAUUUUAUAUAUACAUAUAAACAAUAUGUUUUUAUUUAGCUGUAUUAUAUUAAGGAUUAAUAGGCGUGGAAAAGAGAGUCUAGACGAGGAAUUUCAUUUAAAUAUCCUAAAGGAAACGAUAAUAAAUGCGUUUGAAUGCUCGGUGAACCGAUGGAACAACGGAAAGGCAAAGUUGUCGUGGAUAACAUCGUGAAGAGAUCCCAAUGGAGGGAAUGAUUGUCGUCGGAAGACACGGCGAGUAAACACCGUUCGCUUAUGGCAAGUAAAGAGACGUGGUCACAGUAUGGUGGGAGUCAGUUCUGUUAUAGUAGGCCACGAGGUAGCAGCUCUGGUGUUCCUGCAGGUGUAGCACGAUCGCACAAACUCUCUCUUAGUUUCUGCUGGCGCUCCAGGCUUCUCGUUUUGCCGGAGUGCGCCGCUCUGUGAAUACCGAGCUUCGAGAUCGCCUCGAAAGCGAUCCGGACAAUGAAAACGCGAAAUCUGUGCAAUAUCGCGUGAUAUAUCGGUGAUCGAACGAUCGAGCUGUUCGAAAUCUAGCGAAUCGACGUUGAAUCCUAUCGAUUUCCGUUAAUUCAUCGCUACGUUCGCUGGAAGAGUACUCGAUUGCAAUUUGAUCGUCGAUUAUAAAACAUUGACAUGAAACGACGUCGCUUCUUUCGGUUAUCUGCAGAUUAAUAAUGCGAUUGUAUUGCAAGAGUGUCCGGAUCGUAAACGAUCGAUAAACCACGCGAACAAACUUUUCAUCAGUCAAGUAAACACCGUCGUGCAAGUAUAAAUCGUAUGAGCGGUGCGCUCGAUUGUUGAUCGCUUGAGCGUUUAAAAGUACGCCAAGUCUUUAGAAGGAGAAAGCAGGAGAAGUUGAAGAAUUCAGCCAGCUGAAAAAAAGCGCCUUUCUUUGACAAUUACGAUUUUUUUAAUUCGAUCUCGUUUCCAAUUUUUUCCCUCAAGAGUUCCCCUUAAAAGAGUCUCCUUUAAAAUCGCGGACUAUUCGCCGUAAAACGAAAUUUGUUUUAAUCAAAUCAGCAAUUUGGAGAAAGUGGAUAAACGCUAUGGAACGAAAGUUAUGUAAAUUCUAAGAGACACUGGUAUUCAUCGAACAACGAGGGAAGAUCGAUAAAGAGAAGCAUAAAAAAAAAAAACUAUUGCUUCGAGGAUCGAGCAAGUCACGGCAACUUUGAUCGAUCGUCUGUAUCUUCUGUCUGACUUCAAGCGUUUAGCAGUUUCUCCAUUGUUUCGCACAAUUUUUCGUUGGUCAACGAAGCGGUCAAGAGAAUGAAAGAACACUGAUCCUUGCGUGUUUGGAAGAUUCGCGAACUGUGAACACGUGCUCUCCUUGGAUUUUCAAAUCGGUACGCGAACGAUGGAUUUUUGAAAAAACGACUCGUCUCUCCAGCCGGUCCACCAACGUGAGAUGAUUAACAAACUCUUGUUAAGUUUUUGGAUACUCGGAUGCAUCAGCCUCUAUGGAGACCCGACGGUUGCGCGAGAGUGGCCGACGCCUCUCGACGAAUCCGCGGACGAGAAGAACGAUGCCGAAAUUUUUCGAGCAGUCGUCGAAUCUAUGCGACGGUGGACGUUGCACAAGCAACUGCAUCAUAGGGCCAAGAGAGAAGUGUCGAAGGUUUGCUACGAAGAUGUCGGCUGUUUCGAAGACACGGGACCGUUCAGUUACCUGGAGAUGCUCCCGUCACCACCUAAGGAUGUUGGCACUAGAUUUCUAGUGUACGGUAGCAGAAAGGCAAGAUCGAUUCCGAUGGAAGUUCCCGCCGAUGAUAUAAACGAUAACGCGCACCGUGCCAUAGAUCCCGAUCUACCCACCAAAGUGAUUGUGCAUGGAUUCGGGUCCAGCUGCGAUCAUGUCUGGGUUUAUGAAAUGAGAUCCGCGCUAAUGACUGUGCAUGAAUGUAACAUAGUAUGCGUCGACUGGGGACCAGGAAGCGCGGUUCCCAACUACGUAAGAGCGGCUGCCAACACUCGUCUGGUCGGCCGACAAUUAGCCAAGCUAGUGCGAAGUUUGAACGUACCUUUGGAGAAGGUUCAUCUGAUCGGUUUCAGCCUGGGUGCUCACGUGGCUGGAUUCGCUGGCGCUGAGCUGGGAAACGUCUCCAGAAUCACAGGAUUAGAUCCUGCAGGACCGCUGUUCGAGUCUCAGGAUCCUAGAGCCCGACUCGACGAAACAGAUGCCAACUUCGUCGAUGUGAUUCACAGUAACGGUGAACAACUGUUGCUCGGUGGUUUGGGAUCCUGGCAGCCUAUGGGCGACGUCGAUUUCUAUCCCAAUGGGGGCAGAAUGCAGACAGGCUGCUCGAAUCUGUUCCUUGGUGCCGUAUCGGAUAUUAUCUGGUCAAGCGCUGUGGAGGGUAGAUCCCUGUGUAACCAUCGAAGGGCCUACAAGCUGUUCACUGACUCUGUAAGCCCAAAGUGUCGAUUCCCAGCGUUUCCAUGCGACAAUGGAUACGAUGGUCUUCUUCGUGGCGAGUGUUUCCCUUGCGGUGCGAACAGCAUGGGCGGACCUUGCGGCGACAUGGGUUACUACAGCGAUGAAUCACCGGCCAGAGGACAACUUUACCUGGUAACGAGAGACGAGGAACCUUUCUGUGCUCACCAGUACCAGGUGAAAGUGUACAAUAGUCGCAGCGAAAGACCCGCUAGGAGUUACGGGAAACUGCAGGUAACUCUGGUCGGAGAAGGAUCUUUUAACGAUACGUUUGCGAUGACGCGGAAGGACGAAGAGCUUCUGGUUGGCUCGAUUCUUCAGAAAAUUGUUGUACCGCAUCCUGCGAUUUCCAAUUUGGAAGCUAUCGAGAUCAAGUACACGGCGUACAGCGGCUGGAUCUCUUCGGGUUUGGUGUCCUGGAGCAUCGACAAAGUAGCCAUUAUCGACAGCUUUGGGAAGACUCUGUCCGUCUGCAAAAAGGGUCUGAGCUUAGAAUCUGGGAAACCCGUCCUACUUCCUCUCUUCGCUGGCGAAUGCAACGUUCCCGUGGAAUCGGAUAACUCAACGUCCCCGGCACUAGAACGUCUGUUGCAAGAGAAACCGGGUGGUAUCGGGCCAUUUACCAAAGAACAGAAUUACGAGGCGAAAGACAGUAUCCCGAUAGAAACGUUCUCGAAGGAGAGAAUCGCGUCGUUGUCCUCGUCGAAAGGUUUGGGCCCAUUUACCAAGGAGCGAAAUGUGCGCAUAAUCGAGAGGAAAGAAAGUUUCAAGACGAGCAACUUCGAGGAAACGGGCAGUCGUGGCAGUAGCUCAAACCCUUGGAAUAUCGUCGACAUAUCCAGCGAUGGAGAUUCGAAUUCUUUGGAAAAUUCCGAGACUGAGAAAGGCAGAGGAUUCUCUGGUUCCAAUUUGUUCGCCAAAAGUCCUUCUCCAAAUCCCUCGGUGGAACCAACAACCGAGUUCCUUCCAGAAAUACGGGAGCCUGUGCUGCAAAUCGAUAAGAAGGAAACAGGAAGGUCUUUGAAAUUUCCAGAGAUCACAGAGCCGAUCUUGAGGCCGCGCUCGGCGAGACAGAACACCAGAAAUGAAAUUCACAGUCGUGAAAAACAGAAAGAAGAGAUACAGGAGACUUCGUCGACGUCUAGAGCUUUUACAGUACAAUUCUUGCCAGAAAGGUUGGCUGGGAUCCUGGCACAAGCCGAAAGGUAUGCUAGGCAAACCCUUCUUCCUCUGAUUUCGCAGUAUACGCCCAGUUUCGUAACUGGAUCGCGAUAUGAGGAGCCGAAAUAUUUUCCACCCUUGGGGGAGAUCGCGUCGGAGGAUCAAGGGCCCGAUGAAUCGGAGUUGACUACAAAUAACUACCAACAGGACUUUGAACGACAGAACCGAGAUGAUCGACUUGUUGUUAACACCGAGUCUGCUUUAAGAGAGGGGAGAACGAUGAAUUCUUCUAACACUACGUCGAUGGAAGCACCUGCGAUUAUCGAGGCAAAUUAUCAAGAGAAAGAAAUUGUAAAUUCAACGAGAACCGAUGAAAGCAACGAAUGGAUACCUAUAGAACAUUCUACCGUUCUGAACACCUUAUCUAGACAAGACCUCAACGUGCCCAAGUCUCCGAAUUGGGAACACGAGAAGUACAAUUGGUCCACACAAACGUCAGAGAGUAGUACGUCAAAAGCGGACGAUUGGGUGCCUAUUACGAUCAAAAGCGAAAUUGAGAUUUCCGAGGCUCUGAAUAACGUCUCUAACGAGAUUAGCUUGUCUCGCGUGGUUACUGACAAGCAGAAUAAGGCUGUUCAAGCGGAGGCUGUGACGAUAAAGGACUCUAGAAACGAUUCAGACGAGGUUGUUACCCCUGGGAAAGACGAGAGAAAGUAUAUUCCUCUGAUCGAUCCGAGCACGAAAGAAUUAUCGUCGACGAGCGCGAAUGAUAUCUUAGACGUUGGUCCGAGUUCUUCGAGUACGAGCUCUACGUACUCGCCGCACUCUCACAUUCAGAAAAUCCCCAGACCGACAGAAACGAGAAGUAGCAAACCUAGCUUGGCGAGGAGGAGCAUGGUCUUCCCUUACGCGUACGAGAAAAAGAAGGAUCCUAGGACCAGGUACAUACCUUUGAUACCAGAGGAAGACUUUGGAAGGCCAUACUUUUCGGUCGAUAGAGAACGCUGAAGAAAUUAAACGGCGAAAAUUGUUUGGAACAAGAUUUAUGGAAUCGUCGUUCAAGAUAUGUUUCCACUCUUACAAGUGUCCAAUUUCUUAUUGGUUUUUCCUAUUGUUUGUAGUUGUUGAUGAUCAGUUGUUAACGUUUUCGUGGAAUUUGUGUUUUGAGUUACUGAUACUAUGGAACGUGAUAACAUCGGUCAGUAAAAAUCGAUGGCUUUAUAAAGUACACUUCAAAGAUGUUUUUUGGUAAAAAUUGGAGCCUUAACUUUAUUUUUGUAUAUAGGAAUUUUUUUACAAUAUAUAUAAUAUAAUAUAUAUAUAUAUAUAGCUUCGCUGAAAUCUGUUUUUUUCCACAUCGUUACCGUUAACUAAUUCUUAGUUAUUAGAAUUAUUAUCAUCGUCAUCUGUAUUUCCCCCAUCUAUUUUAUUUAUGUCGAACGGACGAUCAUAAGAGCGAAAAAUCCCACUUUGUAUAUGAUGACCCAAUCUUGGAAAUCGCAAAACGAAUCGCUGAAAUAGUAUUGUAUUUCUGUUUCUCUCCCUCUCUCUCUCUCUC